UCAAGUUAACAAUCAACUGGUGUUUUCAUUUGAUCACAAUUAGUUGGGCGAGUAAUUAAUUAUCGAUUUUAAUUUGAUUAAUUGUUCGGGUUAAAUAAUUUUCUUCUCUUUUCCAUUCACUGUCUCUUUCCAAUAGAAACUAAAACUCUGCUGUCGUCACCAUUCAACAUUCUCUUUCUUUUCUCUGUCUAUUUUUGCUUCUCUUUCUUGUCAAAUUCUGCCAACUGGUUUAAUUUACUUUACUAUUCUGCCUUUUUUAUUUUCUGUGAUUUUGAUUAUUCUACGUUGAUUGUUACCAUUUAAAGAAUUAGUUAACUAUGGCUAGUCCACGAACAAGAAGAAUCCUUCAGGAAUUACGUCCAACUAAUGAAAAUAAUAGUUGUUUUGAGUGUGGAGCUUUAAACCCACAAUGGGUCAGUGUUACCUAUGGUAUUUGGAUAUGUUUAGAUUGUUCCGGAAAACAUAGAGGACUUGGUGUCCAUUUAAGUUUUGUCCGUUCAAUUACCAUGGAUAAAUGGAAGGAUAUUGAAUUAGCCAAAAUGAAGGCUGGGGGUAAUAAGAAAGCAAAGGAAUUUCUUACCAGUCAAUCUGAUUGGGAUCCUAAUAUGCCAAUGAGUGAAAGAUAUAAUUCAAAGGCUGCUGCUUUGUAUCGUGAUAAGAUUGCAACUGAAGCCACCGGUAAAAGUUGGUCCAUUGAAACUUCUCAAGCGAAAGAUUAUGUCUCUAGAGCCAUUCCUAAAUACUCGGCGGGUUCAUCUUCCAAUUCAUCUUCAAACACAACUAAACAAUCAACAUGGGAUGAAGAUGAAUGGGCUUCAAGCAGUUAUCAAAGUUAUAAUCCCGAGAAUGUAUCUCGUCAAAAGGAACAGUUCUUUGCGAAGAAGCAACAAGAAAAUGCUUCUCGACCAGAUGAUCUCCCGCCAAGUCAAGGAGGAAAAUAUUCAGGGUUCGGUUACAGUGCUCAGCCCACUAGAAGUCAAUCUGAUUACGGAAUAGAUUCUUGGGGUUUCUCAAUUACUUCUCUGUCAUCGAUAGCAAGUACAGCAACUAAAGUCGCAUCUAAAGCCUCUGAAAAUGCUUUGAAAAUUGGAUCCAUAGCUUCACAAAAAGCUGCUGAACUUGCAGGAACUCUGAAUGAGAAGGUGAAAGAAGGCACCUUAGUUGAUACUCUAUCCUCCCAAGCAACAACAAUUGGUUCUAAGGUCGUUGAUGUUUCUAAAAGAGGAUGGACCGAUUUAUCGACUCUCUUCAAUAACAAAGCUUCUCUCUAUAGUGAUCCUAAUUCUGAGAGCAAUUAUUACGAGUAUGGAAGCGGAGAGCAAGGUGCAAGUUACCAGGAGGGUUAUAAAGAUAACAAUGAUUAUCGAGACGAAGGAGCCGGAAAAAAGGAAUCAUCGACUCUCCUUUCAUCGUCAAAAUCGUCGCCUAAUAUUCAACAUAAACAACAAAAUAGCUCUUCAAAUGCUGAUGAAAAUAGAGAAACUAGUAAAAGCUCAACGAACAAUAAAACAACGAGCAAUCAGAUAACCACUACUCAGAAAACAACUAAAUCAUCAACGAGUAGUAUUAGUAGGGAGGAAAGAACACUAAUCAACUUUGGUGAAGGAAAUUCUAGUAAAAAAAGUUCCAAAAAAACCGAGGAAGAUGAUUUCUGGGAGCUACUCAAUGAUUCACCGAAAGCAUCGAGUAAAAAAAGUACUCGUCGCAAUCAAAAUUAAUUGUCUCUACUGUGAUACGACUUUUAAUUCUGAUAGAUUUAUAAUUAACACAUGAAAGAGAAAAGGCUAAAUAAGAUUAUUUUUAUUCCCAUCCUCAUCUUUUACUCCAGUUUUGAACUUAAUUAUCUUCUUCCCGUUUCAAUGAUAAAAUCAAUUCGUAACAAUCAAUAUUACAACUUGAUUACAACAGUUUAAAAUAAGAGAUAAUUAAAUUCACUAUUUAUAAUUUUCCAUCAACUUGAGAUUUAAGUUGAUCGAAAUCUCUCAAAAUUGCGGAAACAAAUUAAAUUGUUUUCUCUCCUCCUAAUUGUUAAUCACUCUCUUCCUAAUUGUCAAUGUGGACCAAUAUUUCUCAUGAUUAACUAUUCAAUUCAAUCAGAUUAAUACGUUUCUUUGGAUCCAAGUAAAUUAAGACAAUUAAUCUAUCGAAAUUGUUGUUAAUGUAAAUUCAAUUGUUUCUUUCACGAUGAAUUUAAAUCAGUAAAACAAUUUGAUUUAAAA